ACCGUACAUUCAAUCAAACUGGCCCAUCAAUUUUGGAUUUCCUACCCGCCGCCGGGGGCGGGCAGCUCUAGCGGUUCCAAGGACAAGGAAAAGGACAAGCUGCAGGAGGAGGAAAAAAGGAGCGCCACGCGCGAAGCUCGCCAGCUGGAGUAUGACGCAGCGGUAAAGGAACAUCACCGUUCGCAAAGGGAACAGUGGGAGAUCAGACAAUUGGAUAACGACCUCUUGCAACAAAGGCAAUCGGAAAGAGACAGAGAAACCAAAGAGAAGGAGUUGGCAGCCGAACAACGUUUGCUGCUGGCAGACGAUCAUCAGCCCGAUGAUACUGAUUUAAAGUUCCUGUGUAGAGCACCUAUAGCAAGCUUAGACUGCAUGGAAGAAUUUAGUGCAGGAAGCGCGCUAAGCGCUCUUGCUGGAGAACGACCCGGAGACAGCAUGACCAAGGAGCAGCUCCUUCUUGGCGGUCUUACGCACACAACUCCCGCCGCCCCCCUUCAACUAGCAAGACAAGCAUCUGUCACGCCGGGACUGAGAUACAGGAAUUUGGGGAAGAGCGGGCUCAGGGUUUCCAAUAUAGGCUUGGGUACCUGGCCAACUUUUGGCCCAAACGUAACUGAAGAACAAGCAGAACAAAUAAUCGUAUUGGCUGUGGAAAGUGGCAUCAAUGUUUUCGAUUUGUCCGAAGCACAUUCAGGGACACGAGCCGAAGUAGAAUUAGGAAGGAUUUUAACGAGAAGGGGUUGGAAAAGGACGAGUUAUAUUGUAACCACCAAAAUUUACUGGAGCACAAGAUCCGAGGAAAGGGGACUUUCACGGAAACACAUUAUCGAAAGCGUCAAAGCAAGUCUAUUAAGGCUACAGUUGUCCUACAUAGAUGUCGUUAUCGUUCACAAAGCCGAUCCGAUGUGUCCUAUGGAAGAGGUGGUUCGAGCCAUGCACUACGUGAUCUCCCAGGGAUGGGUGAUGUACUGGGGGACUGCCAGAUGGUCGCCGGUGGAAGUGAUGGAAGCGUACACCAACUGCAGGCAGUUCAACUGCGUCACCCCCAUCAUGGAACAGGCGGAGUACCACAUGUUCUGCCGCGAGAAAACCGAACUGUACAUGCCGGAACUGUACAACAAAAUCGGCGUGGGCCUGAUGGCCUGGUCGCCCAUUUCCAUGGGUUUUUCCCAGGGGAAAGACGAUGGUAGUACCAUUCAAUUGUUCUCGAGGGCGAGUUUUAAGAACAAGUACAGUUCCUUUUCAUGGACUGAGGAUGAGACGGCUGCUGCCAACAAAGAGGGAUUCGGUUGGAUGAAAGAAAGGAACCAGCCGGAAGAGAACAGACGUCAGGCGGAAAGAAUCAGGGAACUCAACGCGGUUGCCGAGAGACUGGGCUGUUCCUUGAUGCAGUUAGCUGUCGCGUGGUGCUUGAAAAAUGAGUCCGUGCAAUGCCUAUUGCUAGGUGCUAGCUCCACCGAUCAACUUUAUGAUAGUAUUCAAUCUUUACAAUUAAUUCCUAAAUUAAACACCAACAUGGUAGCCGAAAUUGAACGUAUUUUAGAAAAUAAGCCCUCCCGACCCCCCAUGGUGUCAACUUUGGCGCUUAGAUGACAGUCAAUGUGCCCCCCUGGGUCCAUCAGUGGUGGUCAGGGAGGCACCAGCAACGCAGAAAGCCCGAAAGGCGACGACGUAAGCACCGCAGACACCGCCGACAAAGAGAGCCAGAAGAUGCCUUUCUGUGAGAUUCAGUGACAAAAAGUUACCGAGUUCGUGAAAACUCGUAAAAUAAAAACACCCGACGACAAGCCGAAGGAGAAGGUGCGCUGGUCCUACAGCCCCGAAGACGGACCCAAGUGCACCACUGAACCCUUCGUGUGCAAGAAAAAAGACAAAAAGACAGCGCACAGCCCGGUGCAGGUAUGAAACGAAGUAAAAGAAGUUUUGCUGUAAAACUUCCAUUUGGUCCCAAACACAAAGGUUUUUCUGAACGAGAGAAGGCUACCUGGCUAAGUAUCUAAAUCAUCGUCAAGGCCACCACUUUUAAUUGGAACCUUCCAAUCACAUGUAAAAAUAGAUGCAAUUGUGCCAAGGUAGGCAAUUUGUGUGUCCGUUUCAAUGAAAACACACCUAGAUAAAAAAAACGAAAUUUCGUUUACAUUUCUACUUGAUAACUAAAUUAAUAAGUAAGGUAUGGAGGCAAUUUUAAUACUUUACUAUUUACCUGGUCAUGUCGUAAGUUCUGUCUUUACUUAUUUCACUCUUACAUGUCAAAAUAAAUAU